AUGGCCGAUGAGGUUGUGGCUGAUGUGGUUGUGGGCGAGGAGCCCGAGUCAGACUCGGACAGCGAAACGGUCGCGCAAUCCGUUGCCGUGGUGGCUGGCGAAGCGCCCGAUUCUUCCGAGGAUGAAGGACUCGAGGAACAAACCUCGGCUCCACCAGCCAAUAACGUGCUGGCCGGUGAAGCCCCUGACAGCGACGAGGAUGAGGAUCACGCAGCACCGUCAACUGGUAGCGUGCUGACCGGCGAAGCACCUGAUAGUGAUGAAGAUGAAGUCGAAUCUGGCGCUGCUCUGCCCGGCCCCGUUAUUACUGGCGAAGAGCCAGAGAGUGACAGCGACGUGGAGCUCUCUGGCGCCGAGGCGUCGACGCCACAUGCGGACACCAACGACAACGCAGCCCUGCAAGCUGCUCGAGGACACACUGGCGCGUCAGGGACAACGAGCCGCUCCACCGGUAACGACGGUCGGCUCAACGAAAGCGAAGUUUCCCGCACCUCCUUCGAGUCAGUGCCAUGCUUAUUAAUUGCGUGA